UGGUUCGAGAGUACAUAUAAACUGGCUGACCAGAGGUGAAGCAACACCAUAUAUCACCAUGUACGCGAUGUACUUCCAUUUCAAUAGCACAGUAGAAAAUUUCCUGUUUAAAGGCUGGGAAGCAACUGGCUCAGUUGAGUUUAUCUUCACCUGUCUGUUUGUUUUCACCUUGGCUUUUAUUUACGAGCUCUUCAUAGUCUAUCGUGACUUAUGCCUUCAUAAAAAUGUUCAACAACGAUGCGAAGAAAAUGCUAUUGACCUACCAUCGCCGUCGGAGAAAUCAAGAAUACUAGGAGAGGCACACGGGGAGGAAGAGAUCGGAUUGUUGACAUCUGCUCAUAUUUGUCAGACGAUAGCGUACGUAGUGUUUGUCGCAGUACGCUACAUACUUAUGCUGGUUGUGAUGACUUUCAAUGGCUACCUGUGCCUGUCCCUUCUCGCCGGGUCAAGUCUAGGGUACUUUCUCUUUGCAUGGAAGAAGAUUACUAUAGUGGGCCUACAACCUAACAAUUAGGACCAUUUGACCACGUGGGUUGUAAAAAAGAACAUUGAAAAAGUUAACGGUGCUAAGAACAACGAAUGUCGGACAUCUCAUAGACCUAUCAAUGAUUAAUCAGCUUUGGGGCCGUGGUGGCUCGUGUUACUUGUCGUCAUAUAAAUGUUAGUUUCCAUAAACCCGCUACUCGCUAACGCCAACAAGUCUUUUUUGCGAAGCGUAGAAUCGAAAAGUAUUCCAGAAUGAUUUGGGUUACACAGAGUUCGAUUGAAAUGUGCGACUGUUUGCCAAUUUUAUGGAGGGCACGAGAGCAUCGAAGACCGAAAUGACUGCGAAUUGAUCUACUGUAAGAUUUGUGCAAUUUGCCUGGUAUACAAUUUGUUACAGAGGUGUUGGGUAGCAUUGGGCAGGUUCCAAUUUGUCUAAUAUUGGGACGAGUUGGUUUGGUACGAGGUGAUGGAGAAACCAAUCGACUAAUUAGUGUGUAGGCAUAGGACUUGAUUUGGUCAUGAUCGAGUUGUAUACAUCUGUAAAUUUAACAUAUUUGUUUUUAAAUAAACUAUAGCUAUAUUGAAUUUUAAUAAACAUAUUUACAUAUAGAAUUACAAUAAAAAGUGUGCACAUUAAAAAUAUUUAUAUAAGUGUUACAGUAUUAUAUUUCAUUUUGAAAAGUAUAUAUACUGCGAAAUGUAAGAAAACUGCAGCUGAUGAAAUAGACAAAAUUGAUUCUAUCGUGAAUGUAAGUAGGGAGAUUCUAAAACAAACAUUGUUUAACAUUUGAAUAUAGUAUAGACGGAUCUAACAAUAGCAGGCAUAUAUUGUCUACUUCAUUUAGUGCUAAAGCAGUAAAGUUCAUAAUAAAUGUAGGGAGAUUUUUACGUGGUGCUACCGUAUAUUAUACCUGUGUAAAUUCUUUUUUAUCGAUGUUAUUCAAAAUCACACGUCAAUAAAUUUAGAUUCUGUUUCGAUAAACGUUAAGAAAA